AUGGUGCUCCAAUUCUUUUCCAAAUCGACGUCGCCCGACAAGACCAAAGACAAAUCCAAAGGCAAAGAGAAAGAAAGAGAAAGAGAAAAAGAAAAGGACCGCAAGACCAGGUCUAGAGAGAAAAAAAGGCCCCGGGACGCCCCGACCAUCGACAUUCCGCCGCCGUCCCCUGCGUCGACCACUUCCUCGCCUCAAAAAUCUGCAUCUACAUCCACCUCAGUGUCGCCUCGCAAGUCGCCCACCAAAUCGACCCUCUCCUACCGCGACUCGCACAGCCGCUCCUCGUCGACGGCCUCCAAGCACAGCUUCUUCUCCUCGUCCACCCGCAACUCGCAGCACACCCGGGACUCGCAUCCUCUGAACCUCCCGCCCGACGAGCUUCGUCGACAUCUUUUUGCCAUGGCCGCUGCCAGAGAGGACAGCAUGCGCAGUUCGAUGGACAUCGAUCGCGAGGCCACCGCGUCGCCGCAACCCGAUGCCACACCCAUGAGCACAAAUGGCAUGUCCAACGGCGAGGGCGAGGGCGAGAGUGAUCGCAGCCCGACCCCACCACCACAUCGUGCGAGCCCUCCUAGCAGUGACGGGGGAGAAUCGUUCAAAUUGGCCGGCAACAAAUUCUUCAAGCAGGGAGAUUAUGACCGCGCUAUCCAAGAAUAUAACAAAGCCCUCGAAGUCAAUCCGAACUCAUCCAUUUUCCUCUCCAACCGAGCCGCUGCGUUCCUCUCCGCAAACCGAUACCUGGAAGCCCUAGAAGACGCACAGCGUGCGUUGGCCUUGGACCCCGGCAAUGCGAAGAUCAUGCACCGUAUGGCCCGCAUCUUAACCAACCUCGGACGCCCAGCAGAAGCGCUCGAUAUCCUAUCAAAAGUCCAACCUCCUGCUACUGCCAAAGAUCGUUCUACUGCCGAAUCCAUGCUGAGGUAUAUCACACAGGCUGAAGAGUCGCUGGCGCAAGGCAAAGGUGGCUCCAUGGUUGUGUAUGCCAUUGAGCAAGCCCGGCUUCUGUUAGGCGCUGGUGCGAAGACGCCUCGAAAAUGGACGCUGAUGAUCGGAGAAGCCCAGUUGCUGAUUGGAAAUGACAAUGGCUACGGCAAAGCACACGAUGUGGCAAUUUCGUUGCUACGAGAAAACAACCAGGAUCCAGAUGCGCUUUUGCUCAGAGCAAAGGCCUACUACGGACAAGGCGACAAUGACCAGGCUGUUAAAUACCUCAAGAUGUGCCUGGGACUAGACCCGGACAGCAAAGAAGGCAUUAAAUUGCUCCGUCGAGUGCAGAAGUUAGUGCGGACCAAAGACGAGGGUAAUGCGGCUUUCAAAGCCAAGGACUACCAGCGUGCAGUUGAACUGUACACGCAGGGUCUCGAAAUUGACCCAACUAAUAAGGAAACCAACUCCAAGCUGCUCCAAAAUCGGGCACAGGCGCGCCUGGCUCUGAAGGACUACGAAAAAGCCAUUGAAGACUGCACCGAAGCUCUGCGACUCGAUCCAGGCUACGUCAAAGCGCAGAAGAUCCGUGCCAAGGCUUACGGUGCUGCAGGAAACUGGGACGAGGCUGUCAAGGAUUAUAAGAAUGUUGCCGAAGUUAACCCGGGAGAGAAGGGCAUUCAGGAGGACAUUCGUCACGCCGAGUUUGAACUCAAGAAGAGCAAGCGAAAGGACUAUUACAAGCUCCUUGGAGUAUCAAAGGACGCGUCUGACCAAGAUAUCAAGAAGGCGUACCGGAAAAUGGCUAUUCAGUACCACCCUGACAAAAACCCGGAUUCCACGGAUGAAAUGUUCAAGGAGAUUGGCGAGGCUUACGAGACUUUGAUUGAUCCUCAGAAACGUGCCGCUUAUGAUAACGGCGAUGACCUGAUUGACCCUGCAGACAUGUUCGGCCGUGGCGGUUCACCAUUCGGCGGCAUGGGCGGCAUGGGAGGAAUGGGGGGCAUGCACGGCGGUAUGCAUGGGGUUAAUAUUGACCCCAACAUUCUCUUUAACAUGAUGAACGGCGGCGGCGGCGGCGGCGGCGGUGGAUUUGCUCAAGCUGGCGGCAAUCCAUUUGCCGGCGCACAAGGACGUGGUGGAGGCUUCCACAACUUCCAAUUCUAA